UUUUUUUUUUCCACCGCCAAACAAAGCUUCGGAAGCAGAUCCUCUUCGGUUCCGGAGUUUCCAAGCCGGCGUUGUAGGAUGCAAACCCUCGUCAAAAGGACUGCCAGUUCGUUUCAGACGUGAUAUCGUUUGGUUUGUGCUUCGCUAAAUUAUGCCAUCUUGCUCAGUUACGAUGCUUCAGAGCUGAGGGAAGAAGACAAAGAUGGAGGCGUCCGAAAUCGCCAAAUUUGCUCGAAAUUUCUCGGUGAUGGUCAGGGUUCAGGGGCCUGAUCCAAAGGGACUGAAAAUGCGAAGAGAUGCUUUUCAUCUUCAUCGGUCAGGAAAGACAACAAUUUCGGCAUCAGGCCUUCUACUUCGUUCCAGUUCACUUAGUCACAUCCCAAGGGUCAUAGAACACAUUUUGAAUAUUCAUCAAUUUUCAGGUGCUGUAGUUGUCACAGUUGCAUCAGUUGUUCAGCCGUUCCUCAUUGCUGAACAUAGAUACAAACUUACCCAGCCUCAUGCUGGAUAUGUGCUGGAGUUUUCCCCUCGGUUGAUUCAUGAUGCAUGUAUAGAUGUUCUUGUGGAGGGAAAUAAGACAGAUAAUGGCCAUCAAGAACCUGAUGCAACUCCUGAAUGGGUUCCAGCUAAACUGUUGGCGCUGGUUGAUGUCCCGGCUGCUUCUGAUGCCCUCCUGUCACUUGUUGGAGGCCAAUCUAUAUUCGAAGCUUUGUGGUCAUUGGCUCCCUUCAGUAGUCCGCAUACUUCAGAGUUAGAUGGUUCUGAAAGAAAGGGAAGAAAUGAUGAGUCUAGAGAAGGCGUUGCAUUGGAAGAGUCGAAUAGUCCUAUUCUGCUGGCUAAGUCAAUCACAAGGAUUGCUUUCCUUGGCAUUCCAAUUUCAGAUAAUAAGGAUGGUCUGUGUAUAAAUAUAUCGCAGCAUCAAAAUAGAGGUGAUCUGAUUAUAGUUAUGGGUUCUCCUUUUGGAGUACUCUCACCAAUGCAUUUUUACAAUAGUAUAUCUGUUGGAAGCUUGGCGAACUGCUGCCCUUCUGGUUCGGAUCAUCGAUCGUUAUUAGUGGCUGACAUUCGUUGUCUUCCUGGAAUGGAAGGUGGUCCAGUUUUUGACAGGCAUGCCUCCCUUGCUGGUAUUCUGACAAAGCCUUUAAGACAAAAAGGGAGUAAUGCGGAAAUCCAGUUUGCAGUUACUUGGAAUGCAAUAGCUAGCAUAGAUACUGAGAAUCUGCUGGGAACUCAGAGUAUUCAUGUUGGAGUAAUUGGAAGAACCAAAUAUAAUAAUGAUGUGGCUUCAUUAGAUGAAUCUUGUGAUCAUGGAUCACCUAAAUAUUUGAUUAGGAGGCCUGUAAUUUUUUCUCCUUCAACAUCUUCACUUGAAAAGGCCAUCUCUUCUGUAGUCCUCAUUGCAGUAGGUGAGGGAUCGUGGGCUUCAGGUAUUGUUCUCAACAAAAGUGGUCUCAUUCUUACAAAUGCUCACACCUUGGAACCCUGGAGAUUUGGAAGAACUUCGCAGCUUGGUAUGCUUGAGAAAGCUUCCUCUCAUGCUGAACUUGAAGCUUCCCUUGGCCAGAGAGAAAAUUCUGCUGAAAAAGAGACAGGAACUCAUCCUCUAGUAAGGUUGGGAAGUUCUACUAGUGGACAUGGAAAACCCUUUUCAGGUUUUGGUUACCAAAGUUCUAGAAGAAUAUCUAUUCGUUUGGAUUUUAUGGAGCAAAAGAAGUGGUAUAGUGCUCAAGCAGUCUAUGUCUCUAAAGGACCUUUGGAUAUUGCCUUGCUGAAACUUGAAUCUGUUCCACCUCAACUUUCGCCAAUUCAACCGCAGUUGGCCUGUCCGGCUAAAGGAUCGAUUGUUUAUGUCAUUGGUCAUAGUCUUCUGGGACCCCGGUCUAAUGUUUCCUCCUCUGUUUCGUCCGGGGUUGUUUCAAAUAUUGUCAUGAUUCCAGGGCCAAUUCACACGUUCGGAUCUUGCAAAGCAGAAGCAAGGAAAAUUAGUUUACCAGUAAUGCUACAAACAACUGCUGCUGUUCAUCCAGGAGCUAGUGGUGGUGCUGUUAUUAGUUCGAAUGGUCACAUGAUUGGACUUGUAACAAGUAAUGCAAGGCAUGGCGGAGGUACCAUUAUACCACAUUUGAAUUUCAGCAUACCUUGUGCGGCCUUGGAGCCUGUAUUCAAGUUUUCAGAUACCCAGGAUGCAUCCAUGCUCGAGAUUCUUGAUAAACCCAAUGAACUGCUUUCUUCUGUAUGGGCUUUGGUACCCACAAAUUCAAAGAAACAACAGUAUGAUUUAGAGAGUAAGAACUAUAGAGAAGGAAAAGGAUCUCGGUUCUCCCAAUUUCUUGCUGAGCAGAAUGCAGAGAUUGCUUCUUUGAAGGAGCUGAAUAAUUUCAAGAAACUGAAUAUUCCCAGCAAGAUAUAACAAAGCAGUUCACAUGGAAAUUUAGAUUGAGGCUUCGUUUAGGACAACUUUCUUACUGCUUCUUAAAGCAAUUUUUUAAUAAAAAAUUUAAUUUUUUUGUACUAAAAAAAUGCUUUAAGAAGCAUUAAGAAAGCCGUUCCAAACAAAGCCUUAAACUUCGUUUGAGACAGCUUUUUUACUAAUUAAAGUAGCUUUUAAAAAGACGCCCAGCCUUAGUGUGUUUUGUAGGUCCCAUCUGAUUAAAAAUGAGUUAACAAUCAGAUAAUAAAAAGUUUUGUAUGAUUUUGCAUUAUAAUUAAAUAAUCUGCAACUAGUACUGAUUCAUUGUGAUAUUGUUGCGGAUACAAAAAUGCCUUUUUUAUAGGCUGGCGAGUAAAUACAGAAAUUGUGCUGGAAUUUAGAACAGAAUUUCUGUAGUUUGAUGUAUCGUGUUAAUUGUUAAGUGUUGUGAUUACCACUUGAUAUAUCAAAUGUUUUUAUUUGAAUCA